CUUAGUCCUCACCUAUUUAUAACAGUAGCUUUCUCUCAUAACACAUAUAGACAUAGAACAUAGAAGUAUACAUAGAAAAUCGAAGUCUUGUUAGCUAUAGUGCAAUAUUUCUGUCGUGUCACAGAAAUGGCUUCAAACUCUCACCAAGAACCAUGGCUUUUGGAAAAUGGAAACGUCAAAACCUUGAGCAAGGAGAUGAGGCAUGGCCGUACCCACCACAACAUGUCAUCCUCAUCUCUCCGCAAAAAGUCCGACCUCAAACUUGUCUCAAAAGUUCCCAUAACUUGCCUUAGACAAUUGUUGGCAAAUCUUCAAGAGGUUAUUCUGGGAACUAAGCUUUCUGUGCUAUUUCCAGCCAUCCCACUAGCCAUUGCAGCUGAGAUUUAUGGUUUUGGAAGACCAUGGGUGUUCGCAUUGAGCUUACUUGGCCUCACUCCACUUGCUGAACGUGUCAGCUUCCUGACAGAACAAAUUGCUUACUACACCGGUCCUACAGUGGGAGGGCUUCUAAAUGCUACAUGUGGGAAUGCUACGGAGCUCAUUAUUGCAAUAUUUGCUCUAAGCGAUCAUAAAAUAGCCCUAGUCAAGUACUCUCUCUUGGGCUCCAUUCUUUCCAACCUUCUUCUGGUUCUAGGGACAUCUCUCUUCUGUGGUGGCAUUGCCAACCUUAGGAGGGAACAAAAAUACGACAGAAGACAAGCUGAUGUGAACUCACUCCUGUUGCUGCUAGCAUUGUUGUGCCACUUGCUGCCUACUUUGUUUCGGCAUUCUGGGGCCUUGCCUGAAUUCACUGUGGUACCAACAAUCCAGUUGUCGAGAGCCAGUAGCAUUGUCAUGCUUGUUGCAUACACUGCCUACCUAGUCUUCCAAUUGUGGACACACCGCCAAUUAUUUGAAGCUCAGGAGGAAUCAGAAGAUGGUGCAGAGGGUGAGGAAGAAGUGCCUGUGAUAGGAUUCUGGAGUGGAUUUGUUUGGUUGGUCGGGAUGACUAUAGUCAUAGCUGUGUUGUCUGAAUAUGUGGUGGCUACAAUUGAGGAUGCAUCAGAUUCUUGGGGCUUGUCAGUCAGCUUCCUCAGCAUAAUCUUGCUACCAAUUGUUGGAAAUGCAGCAGAACAUGCUGGGGCAGUCAUAUUUGCUUUCAAGAACAAGUUGGAUAUAUCAUUAGGUGUUGCCUUAGGGUCUGCGACUCAAAUUGCAAUGUUUGUGGUCCCAUUAUGCGUGGUUGUAGCUUGGAUUAUGGGAAUUCACAUGGAUCUUGAUUUCAACACCCUUGAGACCACCUCUCUUGCAUUAUCAAUAAUCGUUACAGCCUUCACACUUCAGGAUGGGACAUCUCACUACAUGAAGGGACUGGUUCUCCUCUUGUGCUACAUUGUUAUUGCAGCAUGCUUCUUUGUAUCCAAAACACCACUUCGAAACAUCGUCAACUCAGGACUUCAGAUGACUACAGAAGGAGUCUUAAGCGCUUAACAGGCUUAUUUGCCUUAAGGGGUCACUGCUCAGAUAAGUAUUCCUCCAUUGAAACUUCAACAGAUGCAACAGAUUUGUUAGUUCAAUUUUGAUUGGACUCGCUAGCCGGAAAACCAACUGUUCGGGUUUUUCUUGUCAUCGGAAGUUGUCAUGCCUCUAAAGUUGAGAUGGAUUUUAUAUGGAUACCAUUGAAGCUUGAUGAAGACCGGCUAAAACAUACAUGGUGUCGUAUAGAUCGAUCGCUAGAAUGUUUUUUGUGUUUUGUUUGAUAUAAAUGCCAAAAGAGUACUGGUGGCAUAUGGCAAGGGUUUGGGUUUGCUUUUCUCUUGUAGUGCAAUAAUAGUAGAUGAAUGGAAAUUGUUGUUGUUGUUGUUUGGAUUUGCAAUUAAAUUUUGUGUUUCAAAUAUUUAUACCAACUAGUAGUUUUGGCUUUCCA